UCACUGUUCUUGACUAGUGGAGCUAGGUUCCUUUUGCUAUCCUAUCCUACAAACUCAAACUAAUUCUCCAGUUCUUUCAGUUGUUCUUGUUCCCAUCUCUGACCAUCUUGAACUCAUUUUCUUGGCUAGAAGUCAUUAUUUCCCUGCCAUGGCGCCAGAUGGAGAAACGAUCGUUACUUCCUACACUAGGACCAGCUUCGACAAGCCUGAGAAGCCCCGGAGGAUCUCGAUGGAUGGCCUCCAAAGGACGAUGUCCGAUCUCUCCUUUGAGCUAAGCAAGGAGGGAAUAGACACAAAGCUUCCACCCAUCUCGGAAGUGGAAGAUGCCAAGUGCGAGUGCUGCGGGAUGUCCGAGGAGUGUACUCCUGGGUACAUCCACCGUGUCCGGGAGAAGUUUUCCGGCAAGUGGAUAUGCGGGCUGUGCUCGGAGGCCGUGAAGGAGGAGUUGGAAAAGAAUGGGGGGAAGCAAGAUGAAGCCCUCAACUCCCACAUGAGCAUGUGUGUGGAGUUCAACAGGGUUGGAAGGACGCAUCCCGUUCUCUUCCAGGCCGAGGCGAUGAGAGAGAUCCUGAGGAAGUCGAGGUUGGACGGAAGAGGAGGCAGGACCAAGUCUACCAGCCCGAAGGAAAGGGAGAGUGUGAAGAGAGGUGGCAUCACAAGGAGCUCCAGCUGCAUUCCGGCUAUAACGAAGGAGAUCAACGAGCGAGCACUUGUUAACUAAUUAAAUUGCCGGCUGUUUGGCCCUUGUUUUCUUUGGUAUCAACUGUGUAGAGAGGGGGAAGGGAGAAGGGUUCACGUACGCUGGGUGCAUGGCAUGCAUGGACACUGCAAGUACUUAAUUUUCUGCUUCAUCCAAUUCCCCUUUCUUAGAGAAUACAUAGAUGAUCACUCCUCUUAAUUAUGUCAUUAGGGUUUUUUUUUUGGUGGCCAGCACAGUGUUCAUACCUGAGGGUUUUUUUUUUGUUGGGGCAGUCAUACGUCCCCAUUUAGAACAUUUUUGUGUUGCAUGUCUCCAUUAUUGUCACCCUUAACCCUUUGUCAACCUUCGUUCUCCGUAAGGAUAUUGCUGUAGCUUCGCUUGCUGUAUAUUUUUCUCCAUGUGUGUUGCUUCUAUGCACAGCUGGGAUUUUUUUUUUUCCUACCCUUUCUCUAGCUUUUCCGGAGCGUUUUUAGUAAGUGUUAGUGUCCUUCGGUUCAUGGCUUCAUGCAUUCGUCGUUCGUCUGUGACUGUAUUGGGAAGAGCUUAUUUCGUGGCUUCGGGAAGUCUAACUCCACCUCUAAUGAGGUGGGUAUGUAUGGCAUCUAUGUAUUAUGUAAAGCUUUGAUGCAAGUAAAUUAGUUUUUGUUGUA